AACCGGUGCGGCUGGACCAAUGGGAAACUGUCGUGGGCGUGUUCACUGGCUCUGCUUUCCUCUUGGUCGAGCAGCGUGGAUUCAAGCAGUGUGUCUGGGAGCAGUAACUCAUUCAUUCUGCGAGAAUAGCGACUUCUAGAGCUGGUUCAGAAUGGACUCCUCUUUGAGUGCAGCUCAAAUCCGCGAGAAGUUCAUUGACUUCUUCCGUCGCUAUGAGCACAAAUACGUCCACUCGUCAUCCACCAUCCCACUGGACGACCCCACACUGCUUUUCGCCAAUGCUGGCAUGAACCAGUUCAAGCCCAUCUUCCUCAACACCAUCGAUCCGUCCCAUCCUAUGGCCAGGCUGCAUCGUGCCGCCAACACCCAAAAGUGUAUCCGUGCAGGAGGCAAACACAAUGACCUGGACGAUGUGGGUAAAGAUGUCUACCACCACACCUUCUUCGAGAUGUUGGGGUCCUGGUCCUUUGGGGACUACUUUAAGCAACUGGCCUGUAAGAUGGCCUUGGAGCUGCUGACCCAGGAGUUUGGUAUUUCCAUAGACCGACUGUAUGUCACCUACUUUGGGGGUAAUGCUGACGCAGGCCUGGAGCCAGACCUGGAGUGCAAACAGAUCUGGAUCGACCUAGGGAUGGAGGAGGCUCGCAUCCUGCCAGGCAGUAUGAAGGAUAACUUCUGGGAGAUGGGAGACACCGGCCCCUGCGGUCCCUGCAGUGAGAUCCACUACGACCGCAUUGGAGGGAGAGACGCCUCUCACCUGGUGAACAUGGACGAUCCCAACGUCCUGGAGAUCUGGAACCUGGUGUUCAUCCAGUUCAACAGAGAGUCAGAGACGGAGCUGAAGCCGCUGCCUAAGAAGAGCAUCGACACAGGGAUGGGUCUGGAGCGCCUGGUGUCUGUACUGCAGAACAAGAUGUCCAACUAUGACACUGACCUCUUCAUCCCGUACUUUGAAGCCAUUCGUAAGGGUACAGGUGCUCGAGCUUACACCGGUAAAGUCGGUGCAGAGGAUGCUGACGGUAUUGACAUGGCCUACCGUGUGCUGGCUGACCACGCCCGCACUAUCACCAUUGCCCUGUCAGACGGCGGCCGGCCUGACAACACAGGAAGAGGCUACGUGUUGAGGAGGAUCCUGCGUCGCGCAGUCCGUUAUUCCCACGAGAAGCUGGGAGCUCAGAGAGGUUUUUUUGCCUCUCUAGUGGAUGUGGUGGUCGAUUCCCUGGGUGAUGCAUUCCCGGAAUUGAAGAAAGACCCAGAAAUAGUGAAGGACAUCAUUAAUGAAGAGGAGGAGCAGUUCCUCAAAACCCUCAGCAGGGGGCGCCGUAUCCUCGAUAGGAAGAUCAUGAGUCUCGGAGAUAGCAAGACCAUCCCAGGUGACACAGCAUGGCUGUUGUAUGACACAUACGGGUUCCCUCUGGACCUGACCUCCCUCAUCGCAGAGGAGAAAGGCAUGGUGGUGGACAUGGCUGCCUUCGAGGAGGAGAAGAAGGCAGCACAGUUAAAGUCCCAGGGUAAGGGCGCAGGAGACGAGGACCACAUCAUGUUGGACAUCUACGCCAUUGAAGAGCUGAGAAACAGAAAGAUACCCCCCACAGAUGACUCUCCCAAAUACAAAUACACCUCGGACGAUAAUGGCAAAUACGAGUUUCAGCAGGCCUCAGCCACAGUGCUGGCCCUGCGCCGUGACCGCGCCUUCUGCGAUGAAGUGACCACUGGUCAGCAGUGCGGUGUGUUGCUGGACCAGACGUCCUUCUACGCCGAGCAGGGCGGACAAACAUUUGACGAAGGCUACAUGCUUCGAGAGGACGACAGCACAGGGGAUCGGAUGGAGUUCUCAGUGAAGAAUACCCAGGUUCGAGGAGGUUACAUUCUCCAUGUGGGGACGGUCUAUGGUACGCUAAAGGUUGGAGACCACGUUACCUUAAGUGUAGAUGAGGCUCGUCGUAGGCCCAUCAUGAGCAACCACACCGCUACACACAUCUUAAACUUUGCCCUGCGGGAGGUUUUGGGGGAGGCAGACCAGAGGGGUUCUCUGGUCGCCCCAGACCGCUUGCGCUUUGACUUCACUGCUAAAGGUGCCCUGAGCACGGGGGAGGUCCGGCAGACUGAGGAGAUUGCUUGUGCCUUGAUAAAAGAAGCUAAGGCAGUGUACGCCAUGGAAGCCCCACUAGCAAAAGCCAAGGCCAUUCAGGGUCUGCGAGCCGUGUUCGAUGAGACAUACCCCGACCCUGUCCGAGUCGUGUCUAUUGGUAUCCCCGUUGAGGACCUGCUGAAGGACCCUGACAGUGCUGCUGGUUCUCUCACCUCCAUUGAGUUUUGUGGUGGAACCCAUCUGCAGAACUCGGGUCACGCCGCGCCGUUUGUUAUCGUCUCAGAGGAGGCCAUCGCUAAGGGCAUCCGCCGCAUUGUUGCUGUGACAGGAACAGAGGCCCAGAAGGCCCAGAGGAAAGCCGAGUCCCUGCACCAGUCUUUAUCUGCACUGGGAGACAAGGUGAAGCAGCAGACGGCCCCAAACAAAGAAAUUCAGAAAGAGAUCGGAGAUAUGACCGAGUUGAUAGGCACAGCAGUGAUCUCCCAGUGGCGGAAGGACGAGAUGAGAGACACCCUAAAGGGCCUGAAGAAGACCAUGGACGACCUGGACCGCACCUAUAAGGCUGACAUCCAGAAGAGAGUCCUGGAAAAGACCAAUGAGGUGAUUGAAAGCAGCCCCAACAAACCACUGCUUGUCAUGGAGAUGGAGACCGGAGCCUCAGCUAAGGCACUGAACGAAUCACUGAAGCUGCUGAAGUUGCACUCCCCUCAGACCGCUGCGAUGCUCUUUACUGUAGACCCCGAUGCCGGCAAGAUCACCUGCCUGUGUCAAGUCCCACAGGAUGUGGCCAAACGUGGUCUGAAGGCCAGCGAGUGGGUUCAAGAGUUGUGCCCCCUGCUGGACGGCAAAGGAGGCGGCAAGGACAUGUCGGCCCAGGCCACCGGCAGGAACACACAGUGCCUGCAGGAGGCGCUACAGAUGGCCAACGAGUUUGCACGUCUAAAACUAGGAGAGAACUAAGGACAGGGUUCUGUGUGGGAGGAGGAGAUGAGGUUGCAAACAUAGGUUGGGGAGUAAGGUGGUGGUUGAGGAGUUCACUUAACUGGGUUAUAAAUCACAAAACAUCCUGCUGUCCUUCCUCCAUUUCCUCCUCUUUUUUUCUCCCUUUGGGUCAGAAAACAUUAGAAAACAAACAAACCACCUGGGUUUCUCGCUCCCGCCAUGUUGACAGAUGACCACUGACACUCAGCCAGCAGUAAAUGAGCCACUCACAUUUAUUGGGACUACGGACGCUGACUUGCUCCAGUAAAAUUCAUCUCUGUGGAAACUGCUUGAAUAUGUAGGAAGAUCCUCUCAUGCAGUUAAGUGAAAUUUAUUUUAGUGUGUCCACGUCAUUGUUGCAUGUUUGUGUACAGAGGAAAACAAAAGGGAUGUACUUUUGAUUCAUUUUAACCUCCUACAAGUACUGUACAGCUCAGAUGAAGCGACAAAAACUGUAGUUUCCACCUCAGACUCAUGUUGUGAGCAUGAAGUUGGCUCUUGAUAAACUUCCAUCCUGCCUCUGUGUUUGUUUGAUUUCACUGUAGCCCUGUUUAUUUAAAUACAACCCCCAAAGGUGUUUCCUGCUUGUUCAGGGCUGCUUUAAACUCCAACGAUCUAAACUUUUGGCUUCCUAUACCACUUUAGCUCAGCCUGAGAUAGAAAAGUGGAAAGUCAACACAGCUCUUAACUGACUUAGGUACGGUAUACACAGUAUGUCCAGGAUGUAUGUUGGCUGAAGGCUUUUGAUCUGAUGUAUGAGCAGUGGCUCCGUCCAGCUGUGUGAGCGAAAUCUCUCCUGUGAUUGGUUAGACUUGAGUUGUACAUGCAGUAGCUGUAUCAUAGUCUUGCCUUUCAAAUAACAAGCCAUUAUCUGAUGUGUAAUAAAUCAACAGGUUUAAUUUAGUAAAUGAAUAAUUCACUAACUAUAUAAAAUGAUCAUGAAGGUGUCCAAUAAUUAAUCUGUGCAACUUCACUUCGCUGACAUUUAAUAUUGAUUGAAUGCAGAAUGUUGAAAAUGUCUAACCAUUGUAGCUGUUCUAUGUCAGAGAAAUGUCACAUUAUGGGAAUAAAUGCGACUGGUAAAUGCCA